AUGUCAGCUAUACCCAAUGACAAGCCCCUCUCAGAAGUGACUAUCCCAGGCACCCAUGAAAGCAUGACCCUCUAUGGUAGCCCUGUGAUACAGUGCCAAGUGUGGAGUUUGAACAUCCAGUUGGACGCAGGGCUGCGGUACUUUGGCAUAGACUUGCAGGAAAACUUUUUUACCACAAAUCUGGAGGUUCGGGAUGGGGCUAUAAUACACCAGCAGUUCAUAGAAGUUCUCACUACGCUGAAGAGCUUCCUCAUGAACCACAGGAGUGAGGUGGUGCUGUUGAUGGUGACGGCACACUCUAGGGAGGUGAUUAAACGCAUCAAAAAGCUGAUAAAUGGAGACAUCGAUGUUUGGGUGAAACCCUCUGUACCCACGAUGGCUGAAGUGAGGGGUAAGAUUGUAUUCAUGGAGAGCAAAAGUGUAAAUCUGGGGGUUUUCAACAGAGAUACAUAUAUCAAGGGAGAUGAGAAGUUCAAGAACCUCGAAAAGAAGAUGGGAAUAAUCAUUAAACGUCUGAAUCAAGCAACAGAUAUUUGUGCAAAUAAUCUUGCACUGACUGCAUCCAAUGGGAUAAGAUUCAUGGGGUUUUUCAAAACCCCAAAAGGUGCAGCUAAACUUAUCAACCCUGAACUUUUCAAAUAUCUUAGUAAUUUGCUGAAAAGUCCACAGAAGCCAAUGUGUUUGGGAAUUAUUGCAAUGGAUUUUCCAGGCCCGGACCUCAUUGACGUCAUUAUAAAGUUC